UUCAAAAUUUUCAGCUGCACAUUUCUUUUUGUGCAACACAAGGGUGCAGUUCACACUAGUCACUAAUUUUUGAAAGUUUUGUACUUAACUAUUUGUGUAUUAAAUUAAUAUUUAAUAUUCUCUUUUUAAUUGAAAAUGAUAAUUAACGUGUGUGGUAGAAAGGUAUCAACCGUUUAUGCCGGUUGGUUAGGACUAUUAUUUUCCGCACUUAUAAUUCUUCCAUGUCUCAUGGCUCUGACAUUUGCGGAUGAUCUUACUCGAAGGAUCAUGGAUAUUCCGGAUGUAAAUUGUCGGGUUAGCUACGAUAAAGUACUUCAUGAUGUGACUACGUUAUGUAAAAUUUCCGUCAUUCUGGCCAUUUUGAGUAUGGUAGUAAGCUGUUGCUUAAUAAUAGAAUUAGAUAGGUUUGUUGUUCCCGUCUCCUGGAGGAGAGUUAAUUCGACAAGAAUCGAUUCAGUUAUUGUUUUUAAUAUCGCCGAUUCUGCGACAGCUGCUGAGUCCAAGUCAAAGAAGUCAGAAAACUUAGAAAAGUUUGGAAAGCUAGAAAAGUUAGAAAAGUUAGAAAAGUCAGAAAAGACAGAAAAGUCAGAAAUAUCCAUUGUAUAGAAGUUUCAAUUACUUCGAACAAAAGUAAAAAUUACAUACAUAUAUGAUAUUUAUAUAUAUAUAUAUAUAUAUGUAUAUGUAUUCUUUCGUAUAUGUAUGAAUAUUUAGUUCAAAUAAUCCUUGAAACGUGUAUGUUUCCAGAACAAAUAUAAAACAGGAGAAGAAUUUACAAAUUAGUAUUAAUAAAAACAAUUUACUACCUCUAAUAUACACAGUCCUAAAAAAAUAUACAAAAAAAGUAGAUUUAACUGACAUUAUCAUCUUCACAAAUCAUACAAAUAUGAAAAAA